AUGCCGGUCACUGAGGAGCAGAGACAGAGAGCGGAAGCAAAUCGAUUGGCAGCUCUAGCGAAGCGGAAAGCAUUCACGGAAUCCCUACUCAACCAACAGGAUCAAAAUCGAUGGAGGCUCUUCAAAUGUCCAAAGCUAUCUCCGGAUGUCAAUUCCUCCACCAACUACCCGAAUUCUUAUGUUGUCGACCCCGUCUCGACUACCCAUUUGGCUGUAAAGUUCAGGGCUGUGCUCGAGAUUUGCUCACCUGACUCGUUCUUGGUGAGGCCAGAAGCAGUGAAAGGGUUUGUAUAUCCAGGGGAGGAGGAGUGUUUGAGGAGGUUAAGUCACUGCAUAUCCGAUGUAAUGCCAUCACAUUACACCCAAAACCAUGGAGGUGAAACGGCCUGUGUCUUUAAGCUUGGAGACUAUGAUGUAGUUCUGACGUGCUUAAAGAACCUAAAGGGCAUCGAAAUCGAAAAGAUACCUUUCAGCACCCUUCAUGUUAUGCAAAAGCUCUUACAUUCCGUUGAUACUGGAAGAUGGGAGCCAUACCGACCUGAACAUUUGGCGGAUGAAGAGGUUGAUGAGGUUAUCGGGAAGCUUCCGGGAAAGUUGCUGGAUAGACUGUUACCUUUCCAAGUUGAUGGUUUAAGAUUUGCUGUGCGAAGGGGUGGCCGGUGCCUUAUUGCAGAUGAAAUGGGUCUUGGGAAGACACUACAGGCAAUUGCAAUUGCUGGGUGUUUCAUUCAUGAAGGUCCUGUACUCAUUGUUUGUCCUGCUAUCCUGAGAUAUUCUUGGGCAGAGGAGUUGGAGCGAUGGCUUCCAUCUUGUUUACCCUCAGAAAUCCACCUUGUCUUUGGUCAUCAAAACAAUCCUGCACUCCUAGAGAGGAAGCCAAGAGCCGUGGUAAUUUCCUUCAAAAUGCUUCAUCAUCUGAGAAGUACCAUGCUUGAAAGAGAAUGGGCAUUAAUGAUAGUUGAUGAGUCUCAUCAUCUACGCUGCUGCAAAAAGAAGGAGUCACAUGAGAUCGAAGCUGCUCUCGCCAUGUCAGCAAAGAUCAAGCGCAUAGUUCUUUUGUCUGGCACACCUUCUUUGUCCAGACCGUACGACAUUUUUCAUCAGAUAAACAUUUUAUGGCCUGGCUUACUUGGACAGAGCAAGUAUGAUUUUGCAAAGACGUACUGUGCAGUCAAAUUUGUCAACACUUCUGAUGGCAAAGCAUUCCAGGAUUUCUCAAAAGGUGUACGCUUGGAAGAGUUGAAUGUUUUGCUGCAACAAACUGUCAUGAUAAGACGCUUGAAGCAGCACCUGUUGGAUCAGUUGCCACCAAAACGCAGACAAAUUAUAAGACUGCAGCUGAAGAAAUCUGAUAUUCUUCAGGCAAAGGCUGCUAUUGGGGUGGAGAUUAGUGAAUCUCCAGGAGUGGGCAGGAAGAGUUCCAAGUCAAGUGAGCUCUCUCUCCAAGAGCUUGGUAUUGCAAAACUUCCAGGAUUUCGGGAAUGGCUUUCGAUUCAUCCCCUCAUAUCAGAAGCAGAUGGCUCUACCCAAUUGGAUGCCAACCCUGGUUCUCAGAAAAUGAUAAUUUUUGCACAUCACCUUAAAGUUCUUGAUGGAGUGCAGGAGUUCUUGUGUGAAAAGAAGAUUGGAUUAGUCCGCAUUGAUGGUUCAACACUUCCAAGGGAUAGGCAGUUAGCUGUCUUGUCAUUCAAAUCAUCUGACGAGGUUAAGGUUGCAUUAAUUGGUAUAAAAGCAGGAGGGGUUGGACUUGACUUUUCUGCAGCACAUAACGUUGUGUUCCUGGAGCUUCCUCAAUGCCCAUCUCUGAUGCGGCAGGCUGAGGAUAGAGCUCAUAGGCGUGGUCAAACAAAAGCAGUCAACAUAUAUAUCUUCUGUGCAAAGGACACUGAUGAUGAAAGGAUUUGGCAGAGUUUAAACAAGAGUCUGCAUCGUGUUUCUUCUACAACAAAUGGAAAAUAUGACGCACAAACUGAGAUUACGGUGGAUGGUAUUUCUUAUUUAGAAUCAUCCGGUACAGUGAAUGGAAGUUCUGGAGCUCAAACUUUAGAGGAGUCCUUGUACCGUCAAGUCUCUGAUUCUGAAUUUUCAGUAUCUCCUUGUUCUGGCUCAGCUUUCAAUAGGGAUGCUGUUAAAGUGCAUGGUGAAGCAUUGGAAAGUCUACCUUAUAGACCUAUGGAGCACUUUGACUUUCUUGGAAGCAUGAUUCCUCAUUAUGAUUUCCAUCCUAAGGAAAAUGUGGUUCUUGACCAAGAAAUGGGAAAGGAGUCGAUCCCAAAUGAACAUCUAGAAAGUAUUUGCUGGAAAUCUAAUGAUAGGAAUCGGAGCACUGCAUUGUCGGCUGACAUGAAUGUAGAGAAUGCAUGCGGAGAUCAGCUGGCAAUGGAAUUGGAGUGCUGCUCUCAGAGAACCGGGCCAGCUGAUGUUACUUCAGUUCGGCAAAACGAAAUUGAUGGAUGUGACUCUAACUUGAUACGUUCCCUACGCUUUGAGGUAAGUAAAUACACUGGACGAAUUCACCUUUAUUCUUGCAUACCAGGCAAAGACUCUAGACCUCAACCCCUGUUUGAAAGCUUCCGACCCGAAGACCUCGAGCCACUUUAUUCUCCCACUUUGAGUGACAAGGAACAGGCAGCUUCUGAAUCUCUGACAGGCGACCCAGAUUAUAGACAAGCAGUUCGCAUAUUCAUCGAGGAGUGGAAUAUGUUGCGUCCCAUUGAGAAGAGGAAAUUAUUUGGCAAGACUUUACAGCUUCCUCUCGCAGUUGAAUUGUGCUACUUGAAUGAGACUAUUAACCAUAACACAACAGGACUUUUGAAAGGUCAAAGCAAACGCCGGAACACACCCUCGUCCGAGAUUAGCCAUCCUCUGCCAUCCGAUGCUGUUUGGAAAAGUGUACAUCUGUGUAGUGGCCGCGGUAAUAAGGAGAGACAGUACACUCAAGGUUGGACUCUAUCAGAUGAGCCCCUCUGCAAACUUUGCCAAACACCAUGCAAGGGUAGCAAUGCCAAGAAACCUGAAUAUUUUGAGGACCUAUUCUGCAAUCUUAGUUGCUAUGAAGAAUAUAAAAUAAGAACUAGUAACAGAUCCCUCCGACAGGAACUUUUCCAAAUAGAGCAUGGAGUGUGCACAGACUGCAAGUUAGACUGUCAUCAACUGGUGAAGACUAUAAAACCUUUAUCAUUGGAGAGGAGAGCAGAGUAUAUUCAAAAAGUAGCACCAAAGGUGGCUAGUCGGAAAAAGUUGCUCAAGAAUCUUGUAAACUAUCCAUCUGAGGGGAAUGCAUGGCAUGCAGACCACAUAGUUCCUGUCUAUCGUGGUGGUGGUGAGUGCAGGCUAGAGAACAUGAGGACUCUGUGUGUGGCAUGCCACUACGAGGUGACUGCAGCUCAAGGUGCCGAGAGACGUUUGGCAAAGGAAAAGGCUAGGAAGCAGCUUAAAGCCAUUAUGAAGGAACUUGAGCAGGAUCAGAAUUCAGAGGACUCUGGUAAAAUUCCCAAGAAGCAAGAACAUUCAGAGAAACAAGAAGGAAACACUAAAGAGGACAACGAUCUGUUUGUGAAGGUUCCUGGAAGUGCAUACUCUACAAGAACAGAAAAAUGUCUUGCAAGCCAAGAUGACAAGCCAUCCAAUGCUGAAAAAGCAUCUUAA